AUGACGAUCUCCAUUGAGCCUGCCACGCCUGCUGAUGUCCCUUUGAUUUUGCAAUUCAUUAAGGAUCUCGCUCUGUACGAAAAGGCACCCGAAGCUGUCACUGCCACUGAGGAACUCCUUCAACAAAACUUGUUUGGUGAGCGUCGCUAUGCCGAAGUGAUCAUUGCCUAUCAUCAAGCCUCUCCCGAUCAAGAACGCAAGGCUGCUGGUUUUGCCUUGUUUUUCCACAACUUUAGCACUUGGGUGGGUAAGCCUGGCAUGUACCUGGAAGAUCUCUUUGUCCGCCCUGAAUACCGUGGUCUCGGUAUUGGUAAGAAGCUAUUGGUCCAACUCGCUGUCAUUGCCAAGGAACGGGAUUGUGGUCGCUACGAAUGGGUGGUGCUUGACUGGAACGAGCCUUCUCGCAAGUUUUAUGAAGCCAUGGGUGCCAAGCCCCAAUCCGAAUGGCUCAUCCAUCGUGUCGAGGGAAAGAGCUUGGACGAUCUUGCCAACAUGUAG